CAAGUUUCGACUUUCCCGACUUUUUAAAGCAUUCUUGCAUAGGCAAUUCGCGCACGUAUUGGCUAAAAAAGAGGCUUAGCCAACGCAAUAGCAACAAACAACAAAGGAACAACACAACGACGCAAAAACAAAUAACAUGUCUGAAACAUACGAUUACCUGUUCAAAUUUCUAAUAAUAGGUAGUGCGGGCAGCGGAAAAAGCUGUCUCCUGCAUCAUUUCAUCGAAAGCAAAUUCAAAGACGACAGCUCGCACACGAUUGGCGUCGAGUUCGGCUCGAGAAUUGUGAAUGUUGGCGGCAAAUCGGUGAAGCUACAAAUAUGGGACACAGCUGGCCAGGAGCGUUUCCGUUCGGUGACACGCUCCUAUUAUCGCGGUGCGGCUGGUGCUCUUCUGGUAUAUGAUACCACAACGCGGGAUUCGUUUAAUGCUUUGACAAAUUGGCUAAAUGAUGCACGCACGCUGGCCAGCCCAAAUAUAGUUAUUUUGCUGGUGGGCAACAAAAAGGAUUUGGAGGAGGCGCGCGACGUUACAUUCUUGGAGGCUAGCACCUUUGCCCAGGAAAAUGAGCUUAUAUUUUUGGAGACGAGCGCCAAAACGGGCGAGAACGUCGAGGAAGCCUUCCUCAAGUGCUCGAAGACCAUACUGGCCAAGAUAGAGACAGGCGAGCUGGAUCCAGAGCGCAUUGGCAGUGGCAUACAGUACGGUGGGACAGCGCUGCGCAAUCUACAGACGCGACAGCGCAGCAUCAACAAGCCCGAUUGCACCUGUCGAGUGUAGAUGUUGUGGGAGUAUUUCACCCAGGUCGCUUAGCAUGCACGCGAACAAUAUCUGUGUAUUAGUUUAGGCGAGCAAAAAUAAUCUCAUUUAAUCUCUAACUAAUUGAUACGAAACCGCAUUAGCCUUAGUUAUAUGUACGCGUGUUUGUGUGCGUUUGUGUGUGUGUGUCUUUCAUCGGCAUUUGUGCGGUCAAAUACUGUUUUGGCCCACUGUGCAACGUUUCGCCCCAAUUUUGUUAAAAUUGUUUAACCGAAUCUGCUGUGCAAUUUGUGGCAUUCCAAGUUAGUUCGCUUUGUUUGUUUUUGAUUUAAUGACUCUACUUCAAUUGCUGAAUUAAUUGUACAAGUUUUUCCUUCAAAACGUUACUUAUAUAUUGUAAAUUGUAAGCUUUUCAAUUAUUGUUAACCAGUGGCGGGCCCAAUAGCAACGAUUAACAACUGGAACCGACCAGUUGGUGGCUGGCAAAGCGCCUGAAUCACCAUCGGACGGAUUGAUAAUUAACAUAAAUGCGCCCAGCAUUUUGUAAAUAAGCGGCGUCAAGUUUGUUUGACAAAGCAAAUUGUAAAGAAUUUUAAAAUGAAUAAUAAUGCACGCGGUAAAUAAAAGCGCAAACUAAAUAAUUAAAAUGCAAUUAAGGUCUCUCGAGCGUUGAAGUUGUGCACUUAUUUAGUGCUGACUGGUAUUACCCGGCUAGGCCCGGGCCUAGAUUUGUUUAGACUCCACUUGUCUACCCAUAUCUCUACUUUUUAUAUAGUCAACAGAAUGGCAAACAAAAAUAGCUAAUAUAACUAUAUGCUGCCAAUUCCCACAGCUGCAGGUGGAUUCUACCAAAUCCAUCACAUAACAGUAACAAUUCUCUUCAAGCUCUUUUGGGGACAGUUUUAUACACAUAGUUAGAAAUUUAUUAAUAUAUUUUGGGUUAACAUAUUUGAAAUUUUUGGAAAUUCAUUUGUUGCAUAAAGGUUCUCAAGUGUCAUUCCGGGAUCAGGAAUAUUUUUGAUUUGAUUUUAACUAAAACUGACCAUUUUAAAGCUGACUAGAGCUUUGAACUAUAUUCAUGUACAUAAAUAAUUGUAAAUAUUGUAUAAAAAAUUUAUUGCAUAGCUAAAAUGAUUACAUAAAAUGUACUUUUAACAAAUGUUACGACGUUUAAAGUAAUGGAUAUAAUGGACAUGAGCACAUUAGAAAUUCCUAAGGAAAAACACAUACUGACGAACUGAAAGUAAUAGAAAAAGAGAUUAAAAAAAAA